AUGGACCUGAGUCCGGGCAGCGGUGCCCUGUUCGAGGCUGCUCUGAGCCGUGGCUUCCUGUACCACGGCCUCUGCAGGAACCGGUCGCAGAUGAACUGGCCGCAGGGCAUCGCUGACAGAGCCACCUGUGGCUUGAUUGCCACCGAGGGAAGCAGCCUGCUCAGCUCCGAAUGCCGCUCAGCGGCCUCUCUGCGAGAGCCUGGAAAUCUCGAGACGUCCCUUCCUGAAGAUGGCCAUAUUGAUGAAGCAACUCCGCUGGCUACUGAGACGGCUGGCGUUCACGCAGUGGCGCCGCGUGGGUCGGCGCUGCUGAACGGGCGGUUGGGUGCCGAUGCGAGGUCAGAGCUCCCAGCCGAUAUCUUGCAGUCCAUCGAAGAUGUGUACAGCGCAGUGCUGGCGGUGUGGAUCACGCGCUUCGAUUCCCUUCAGAACUCUCUCCUAUUGAAGGCGGAGACGGAGGAGCAGAAGCAGAUCUGCCUUGCUGCCUUUCAGGAUCGCGUGCGCGCCGCGUGCAAUGGAGCUCGUUCCGAUCGUGUUCGGGAUAAUAUGAUCCCUUAUAGAACUGAAAGUGUACAAUUUUUGGCCUCCCUGCAGGAAGAGUGGCAGCAAAAGCGCCGGGAGGUCUACACUGAAAAGAUGACAAAGCGGGGCUACGGAGGCGAUUUCCUUUGCCGCUUCGAUGCUGAUGACGUGAUGUACCGUGAGCGACACCUGGCACCGAAGGGCCUGAACAACGUUUAG